UUACCACGUUGAGUCUCACUUUCCCGGACCGCGAACUUAGGCACAAACUGCCACGGGCAAUAGAAGCUGCCAUGAUGCUGCUGGGCAGCGGGUGAAUAUAGGGGCGCUGUUUGCAACACUUGUCUAGAAUGAGUGGGCAGCCGCCUCGGGACACCCCGAUGGACAACUCCAGCAGUGAGUUGUGUAUAGCUAAGAUCCAUCUAGAGCCAGGGGAGAGCCCAGCCAUCAGUGCAGUCAUGUUCUCUGCAGGGGUCCUGGGCAACCUUAUAGCCUUGGUGCUAUUAGAGAACCGCAGGAGGAGCAUCAGGGGCAAGCUAUCCCUGUUUCACAUCCUUGUAACAGGACUUGUUAUCACAGACCUGUUGGGCACCUGCAUGAUCAGCCCUGUGGUACUGGUGUCUUAUGCCAAAAACCUCACCUUAUCCGCUUUGGAUGACAGCGUUUGCCACUACUUUGCAUUUGCCAUGACUUUCUUCAGCUUGGCCACCAUGCUAGUACUUUUUGCCAUGGCCCUGGAGCGUGGAUUGGCCAUAGGACAUCCUUAUUUUUAUGAUAAGUACAUAAGGAAACGGUGUGGAUUUAUUACAUUUCCUACCAUCUACAGUUUUUGCACAUUCUUCUGCCUUUUACCAUCCAUGGGUGUUGGUGAGUAUGUUCAGUACUGCCCUGGGACUUGGUGCUUCAUAGACAUGAGGGGGCACAGCACCAGUGGUGGGCACAGGAAUGUCUACUCUACUCUGUAUGCCACCAUCCUGCUUAUACUGAUCAUUUCUGUAAUAACCUGCAACCUCAUAGUCAUCACUAGCUUGGUGAGGAUGCACAAAAGGCAGAAGUCCAGAAGAGUUGGCUCUUUGAUGGUCAAUAGGAAGGAGAGAAGAGUAUCUAUGUCUGAAGAAAUCGAUCACCUCAUUUUGUUAGCAUUGAUGACCAUUAUCUUUGUCAUCUGCUCUGUCCCCUUUACGGUCCAGGCAUUUAGUUCUUCUAGUGAUUACAAAACGGAUCUUCUGGCUCUGAGGUUCCUGUCCGUCAAUUCAAUUAUUGACCCCUGGGUUUUCACAAUAUUACGGCCAUCUGUUCUCCGAGUCAUGCGUUCUGUCUUGUGCUGUCAGAUGUCAGUAACAGGGAAAGAAAUUACUCCGUCUCCUUCCCUUACUAGUAAAAUAUCCACAAAUAAGUUGACUUUUCUUGACCCUGGUUAUGGGAGCUCACAGAAGAUAUAUUUGGAGAAUGAACAUAAACUUGCCCGCGACGAGAAAACAGAAACUUAAAACUAUAAACAAAGUUGAACUCUUUCCAUGUUUACAAUGUAAUGGCUGGACUGUAUUUACAGAAAUGUGAAGCCAUUAAAUGGAUGGAUUGUAUAAAACAUAACUCUCUGACCACUAUAACUCAUUGGAUGAGCAAGAAAAUCAGGUGGUUUGCAGAUCGUUCCAUUUUUUUGUGAACCCAGUUAUAUAUACAAAAUAUUACAGUACAUAAGCUUUGACUGUAGAAUUUUCUACAGAUCAUUACUAGGAUCAAAAUAAUUCUACUUUAUAUAUUAUAGUAAAUGUUGGUUAAAACACUAAAUUACUGGUUGAAGAUUAUUGUGUGUUGUAUUCUUGUGAUCUUGGACUGUGAAACAUUUCAUGCGUAAUACAUUCUAUCCAAUGUGUAGUGUUUGACAUUUUCAGCUUUAGGGACAUUAAAUAAAUAAUAAACGGAUUGCAAUUGACAGAUUUGACAAACUGGUCUCCUAAAAGUUUACAAAGUGAUACGUGAAAACAAUAAAGACCGCAAACUCACUUUCCUAA